GGAGGAACACAGGGUCAUUGGAGUGCCAACAACUUAACCCAAAAAUGGCUCUCAAUUCUUAUGGGUUCAAGCCAUUUUCCCUUCUUCUUUUCUUCCGCCCUCAGAUAAUGCAGACCCUUUUCAGCUCUUGGCUGUAGGGGUCGGGUCCAUUUCCCCUCCCUCCCUUGCUCAGCCCAUUUCCCGAUCAGGGUCGAUCGCCUUUGUGUCGCCUCUCUGAUCGAUGCUGUCGGGAUUUGGAGGUUCAUGGGUUGCAUUAGCUCCAAGCAGGUAGCUAAGGCGGCGGCGUCUCCCGUUUACAACCACCGCUCCACCACAACCGCCACAGCCACAGCCACAGCCAAGAAUGGCUCUGCUGCGACCAUGGAUCGUUCGUCCAAAACUCAUUCCGUGACGACGCUCGAACAUGAGAAGAAAGGGGAGGAGAAACCGGAGGAUCGAGGUCGAGACCUCAAAAAAUCCAAGAAAGGGAGUUCCCAAGGGGAGAAGGGUACUCUCAGAUCAGGGCCAUCUCAACGCUACGUCGAAGCAGAGCAGGUUGCCGCCGGCUGGCCCUCCUGGCUCAGUAGUGCCGCCGGCGAGGCCAUUCAGGGAUGGGUGCCUCUCCGAGCUGAUUCCUUCGAGAAGUUGGAAAAGAUUGGACAAGGUACAUACAGCAGCGUGUUCCGAGCUCGAGAAGUUGAGACAGGAAGGAUGGUUGCGUUGAAGAAGGUUCGUUUCGACAAUUUUCAACCGGAGAGCAUUAGGUUCAUGGCACGAGAAAUUAUGAUUUUGCGCAGGCUUGAUCACCCAAACAUCAUGCAAUUAGAAGGCCUGAUUACUUCCAAAAUGUCUAGCAGCAUUUACCUUGUAUUCGAAUACAUGGAACAUGAUCUUGCAGGGUUAGUGUCUUGUCCCGAUAUCGAGUUCAGUGAGGCACAGGUAAAGUGUUACAUGAGACAACUUCUAUCUGCAAUUGAGCAUUGCCACCUUCGGGGUAUAAUGCAUAGGGACAUUAAAGCAUCCAAUAUUUUGGUAAACAAUGAAGGAAUUCUAAAGUUGGCAGAUUUUGGACUGGCAAAUAUCAUUAGCUCUAGAAACAAGCAAUCACUAACAAGUCGAGUGGUGACAUUAUGGUAUCGACCUCCCGAGCUUCUGAUGGGUUCGACAAAUUAUGGAUUAACGGUGGACCUUUGGAGCAUAGGAUGUGUAUUUGCAGAAUUGCACCUGGGGAAACCCCUUCUUAAAGGAAGAACAGAGGUUGAACAAUUGCACAAAAUAUUCAAACUUUGCGGCUCCCCACCUGAAGAGUUCUGGAAAAAAACAAAGCUCCCUCAUGCAGCUAUGUUUAGACCCCAGCAUCCAUAUGAAAGUUCCCUUAACGAAAAGUGCAAAGAUUUUGCACCAUCCGCAGUGAGCCUCUUAGAAACUCUUCUUGCCAUCGAACCUCCUAAGCGGGGUACUGCCUCAUCAGCUCUCAUGUCUGAGUAUUUCAAAACGAAGCCAUACGCUUGCGAUCCAUCGACAUUGCCCAAGUAUCCUCCAAACAAAGAAAUGGAUGCCAAAAAUCGUGAAGAUGCGCUAAGGAUGCGAGCUAAUGCAAAAGCAAAAGAAACAGGGGCAACACAAAGGCCUAAAAAAGUCCGAAGAAAUGUCCCAGAAUUCAACAGCCAUAAAGUACCAAUAAAAGAGGAAGCAGAAGAAAACAGUCAACCUUCUCGACGGAACAAUGGCAGUAAUUCUGCCAAUCUUUCCAAUGAACAAGGCGACGUUUUCCAGAGAGAGCCUCAGAAGCCACUAUAUGAUGCAACAUCAAUGACUUCCCAGGCCGCGACUGCACCUCAAAGAGGAGAUAGCGCAUUCACAGCCCCAAUACCCGUCUCAUCAUCUAGUGGCUUUGCUUGGGUAAAGAAGCGAAAAGAGGAAGCUACGUCUACAAUAUCGGAUGGUCUUAAGAGCCAAAUAAGUGCUCUGGAUCCAUCGUUUGCAAAUUUUACCUUAGAAUCAACAAAAAAACAGAUUGGCCAUGCGGACAUUCCAGCCAAUUCAAGCGCGCAGGAUUAUGGUAUUCGAAAGCAGCAAAGGAGAAAAUAUGAUUUCACCGAGCCUUUUGAAGCAUCCGAAGCAUACCCAUUAAUCUUGGAUAUGUCCAAUGAACUCUAUCCGGAACAACAACCAAACACCACAACCAAUCUGGUAAAUGAGCAGGACAGCGAUGAUACGAAAUCACACGUUGAAAUCCCAGGACCUCUGUUAACACAACCCCAUAGAAUAGAUGAAGUCCUGCAAAUAAAAGAAAGCCACAUCCGACGAGUGGCUCGAAAAUCCAGGUUCGAAAGAGAUGAAUGAAGCGUGCAUUAUCCGGUGCAAUAGUCAGAUGAUAGACGUACAUAAAAACCAUUCUUAGCAGCAGCAGUUCCAAAACCUGCGUCC